GUCUCCCAGAGCAACAACACUCAUAGAAGUCGCUUGUUUGGUCCCUCUUUGGCUGUCCUGGUUUCUCUCCAUCUACAAAUGACUACACACAAAAAAAGCACCUUUCCUUCUCUCUUGGAUGCAUGCCUUCCACCUCAGCACAAAAACCAGGGUGACAGAGGUGAAAAGAGCAGACUCCAAAAGACUGGAAAGCCAGGUAAGCUCAGAAAACAUAGCUCAUUGGAUGAGGAUGAAGAGGAUCUGAAAAUGAAAGCAACGAAGAAGGCCCUGCAGGAACAGCGCCAUCUGGAGGUUUACAAGAAUGUGCACAAGCUGUGUAAUGUCAUGCGUUUACAAUAUAUGGAUCUACUGAGCAAGAAAGUUCAACAGCAACGCCUUGUAAUUAAACAACGAGACUUUCAGUUCCAACGUAAUAUUGAGGAGCAAGUGAAGAAACAGAAUACUUCAAGACGGCUAUUUGGACAGCAGUCAGAAUGUUCCCAGCUCUGCCAUGAAAUCAAAUAUCUCAAGUCCAUUCCAAAGUCACGUUUUUACAUGAUUGUGGAACUGCAGGACCAACUGGCCAAGAAUGGAAUUUUGAAAAACCAAGGAGAUUAUGAAGAAUUCUGGCACCUGCUAAAACGAACAUCACGUGCUUCACAGUUUGAAGCGAAACUCCAGGACAUAAAGAUAAAAAUGAAUAGGCCAUUACCUCGCUUCAACAAGAAACUUGGACAAGAUCGAGCAAAAAAUCCAUGUGAAGCAAGAAAGACAAAGAACCAUCCCACAACUACUGGACUUCCAGGAUCAUCCACCUUCCAGCACAUAAACCAUCUUGUGAGCAAACAAAGCAAAGUGCAGGAAGAAACUGAGCAAAUGUUUCCCAAGAUUGUGAUUCCUCAACCCUCUGUCUUCCCAAUGUUUUCAACAAAGCAGAACAACACCCACAAUAUGAUUAAUUCAAGACCCAAGUCAGGAAUACCUGGAAUGAAAACCCUUAAAAUGGCGCAGGAGAAUCCUCAUCACAUGGAAGUGCAUCUUGACAAGCUAUACCAGGUGUACAGGCGCUCUUUUGCUAACAUGGUGAAAGCACAACGACUGCUGGAGAGAAGUGGCCACUUCGUGGAAUUUGAAGAGCCCAGCAUUCAAGAUUUUAUAUUUUGUCAAGAGACUGGUGGAGCCGAAAAGGUUACCCAAAGUGAAGGAAAAAGGUUUGGCCCCAGUCUAACCCUCAGUGCUGCUCAACUCUGUGAGGAACCAAGUUCAGCAUAUCUUGAAGUGUCUGAAAAACAGGAUGAAAUUUCCGGAGGGACGCAUACUGAAGCUGUAAAUCACGAACUCAACGAACAAAGCCAGAGCCAUGCUCCUCCAGACUCUAGGAAUGUUUAUGUGCCUUUGAAUAUUGAAGACAUUCUAUCUAACAACUGUAUUUUGGAAGCCAAGCGUCCCAGUAGUCUUUGGAUAAACUAUGCAAACAAAGAAAUAUUGGAGAAGCCAAAGAGUUAAAGACAGUACAAAUUAUUUCGGUAAUCAAAAGAAAUAGCAAAAAAUUCGACCUGUUACUUUUUUAGUCAUGCAUUACAUUCACUGAAUUGAGGGGCAGCACUGAUUAACAUUCUAGUGUCAGGUGACAACUCAUACUUAUUGUUGAAACAGUCUUUAAAUCCAUGCACUUGCAGAAACUGCAGUUGACAUGUUUAUCCAUUAUUAGAAGUGUAUGUCAGUUUUUAAGAUGUGAAAUAUGGGUCCACCUUUAGUUUAUAUAGAGUUAGAAGAUGUAAUUAGUUCAAGUUUAUUUAAACUUUGUUAUACUGACUUUGAUCUGGUUUACAUCUUGGUUUGUCAUUUCAACCUAUUUCUUAAAUAUAUUCCAAACUCAAGUUAUUUAUUGGCAUCAUGUAGACAAAUAUCAGAUUGGCAAUAUUACCAAUGCAUUCUAUCAAAAUGCAGCAGGGUCUUCUUAAAAUGUGUAACUACAGAACAUAGAUCUCUCAACAGUUCCAUGCUUUCCAGAGGAUAAUAUUAACCAGUCCAGGCAUCAGAAUUUUAGCUUUCCGCAGUGUUUUGUAUUCUUGAUCAUUUCUGUGCCCUGAAGAAAGUCGACCAUCCUUUAUUGA